AUGACUGGAUGGAUGUGUGGAAAGGAUGAGCAAGGGAAAUUCAAGACUGGUCGAAAUCUCGUGAACUCAAUGGUCACCUUUUCAGCCCCUGUGUACAGCUUGAGUAACAUCAAAUACUUUGUAGUACAAUCGCGAAAUGGAUUAUCGAAUGCCACGACACCUUGCGGGCAAUCUCAGACUCCAACUGCGAGUGAUUGUUUCAUGAGCUUGCAGGCCCGACGAGAUGGUGAAGAUGUGAGCAAGCUGAGGGUUUCGCUUACGACCAGACGCAGCGUCGUAGCUGGGUCUCCGAGUCCUGAGUCUGCAAAAGAUCAUGCGGUGUCGUGGUAUCGCGAAUACUAUCGUGUGUACCAAGGACAUGUACUCAUUCGUAUUUGGCGAAGAAACCCGAAGCCUAGCUUGUAUACACUUAUUGACUUUAUACGUGAAGCAUUUGGCUAUGCGGAUGAAAGAGGCAUAUUGUGCGACUUCACGCUUCAUACAAUUACCAGCUUAAUCGUAGCAUAUGCAUCUCCCUUCACUGCAUCCAUACAGCAGUGGAAACUCCAAAAGGAAAAAGGCAAACUCCCUCAUCCCUUACCCGAGUCUGUCGUGGGACUCGGGGGUCAAGGGAGUUGA